GGUAUCGCAGCCGCAUGUCAGUGGGGAAACGGGCGGAAGACGCAGACGCGCAUCUGACAAUCGGAAGAAAAGGUUAGCGCGAGUUCAGAAUCACAUCUAGCUGAGUGUAGGUUCUGCUGAUGGACUUUUACACUUCUCAUCUGGUCAAAAGGUGAAAGAACAACAGACUGAUCGGCUUUCAAGUGCGUAACGGAAAGAACAUCGCGUCCAUCACUUUAAUGUUUGAUGGUGAUCUACUGCGCCAGAUGGGAACAAACGGAAUACAUCUCGCACCUCAGCUUAUGGACUGACUUAUACACGUAGAAGUGGAUUGAAGCAAUGAAGGCAGCUCGUAAUCACCAGAGAGACUGUUCUUGCACUGAAGUAUUAUAGAAAAUUAACAGCUUCACCUCUGCUUUGCUGAAUCACAACUCCGUGAGGCAUAUGUUGGUUUGGCUUGUGUGCCCUUCCUCAUAACAGCAAGACAAGGAGACUUUCAGUGGACAGUAGAUCAACCAAUUGAACCCAAGACAUUGAACUGGUUGGAAUUAGAUCUACAGCAACAAAUGGUGUAUUAUUUUUGAAGCUCUCUUAUAAUUUUCAAGGAAAAAUUUACUAGGGAAUCUGACCAAAAUGAAGGAUAAAUCAGUUGUGGAUUAUUUUGUAUUGCUGUUUGCAAUGGCUAAUUUUGUUCUUGCUGUGGAGGAUAAAGGCAGUUGUCCUAAACUUUGUGUGUGUGAGAUUAGGCCAUGGUUUUCUCCCAGCUCUGUUUAUAUGGAGGCUCCUACUGUUGACUGUAAUGAUUUGGGACUUUUCAACCUACCAUUAAGAUUACCUGCUGAUACAAAAGUUAUUUUACUGCAGACUAAUAACAUUGCUAAAAUUGAGAAUUCUUUGGAGUACUUGCCCAAUAUAACUGAGAUUGAUCUUUCACAAAACAACCUAUCCUCAGUAAGUGACAUCAACUUGGGCCAUCUUCCUCACUUGUUGUCCCUGCACAUAGAAGAAAACUGGAUCUGCUCCUUACCAGAUAAUGCAUUUUCCCAACUUGGCAACCUACAGGAACUUUACCUAAACCACAACUUCAUCUCCUAUAUUUCACCUGAGGUUUUCAGUGGCCUUCACAAUUUGCUUAGACUGCAUCUCAACUCUAACAGGCUUCAGAACAUAAACAGUGAAUGGUUUAAAUACCUGUCCAAUCUGGAUAUUCUCAUGAUUGGAGAAAACCCUGUUGCUUCUAUACAGGGCAUGAAUUUUAAGCCCUUGCGAAACUUGCGAAGUCUUGUCCUAACCAGAAUGAACUUAUCCCAGAUUCCAGAUGAUGCACUGGCAGGCUUAGACAAUUUGGAGAGCAUCUCAUUCUAUGACAACACUUUCCAUGACGUUCCCCAUGGUGCUCUUAAGCAUCUUAAGAACCUCAAAUUUUUGGACCUUAACAAGAACCCAAUUGGGAGAAUACAGAAAGGUGACUUUAUGGACAUGCUACAUCUUAAAGAACUGGGCAUCAACAGCAUGCCAGAACUGGUGUCCAUUGACAGCUUUGCUUUAAACAACCUCCCAGAGCUGACAAAGAUUGAAGCUACCAACAAUCCAAAAUUAUCCUAUAUUCAUCCAAAAGCCUUCUACAAGCUCCCUAGGCUGGAGACUCUCAUGCUAAACAGUAAUGCCCUUACGGCUAUUCACAGGAUCACAGUGGAGUCUUUGCCCAAUCUGCGUGAGGUCAGCAUGCAUUCCAACCCCAUCCGAUGUGACUGUGUGGUUCGCUGGAUGAAUAUGAACAAAACCAACAUACGCUUCAUGGAGCCAGAUUCUUUGUUUUGUGUGGAACCACCUGAGUAUGAAGGUCAGCAUGUGCGACAGAUUCACUUCAGGGAGAUGACGGAGAUCUGUCUACCGCUUAUCUCUCCGGACAGCCUGCCUACUCAGGUUGCUGUGGGAAAUGGGAGCACACUGUCCCUGCAUUGCCGGGCCUUUGCUGAACCAGAGCCUGAUAUCUACUGGGUUACACCCUAUGGGAAUAGGAUCCUCCCCAAUAUGGUAGCAGAUAAGUUUUACAUGCAUCCUGAGGGCACACUCGACAUUUAUGACAUUACUGAAGGGGAAGCUGGACUUUACACUUGUGUGGCACACAAUCUUGUUGGUGCAGACCUGAAGUCUGUUUCAGUGGAAGUCAGUGGAUACUUUCCACAAUCUACAAGUGACUCCCUUGAAGUCAUCAUCCAGUCUGUGAAGACCAACUCUAUCCUGGUUUCCUGGAAAACCACUCAUGGCAGCCUGGCACCGAAUAUUAAGUGGUAUACAACAUCCAAUACCAACCAACCAACUGUGGCCUUUACAGCCAGGGUCCCAUCUGACGUGAGGGUGUAUAAUCUCACACAUCUCACUCCAGCUACACAAUAUAAGGUGUGUGUAGACAUCCACAACAUCAACAGUAAACACAAUGCCAAGUGUGUCAAUGUAACCACAAAAGGAUUAGUGCAGCCUGCCAAGGAUAAGGAGAAGUGGGAUACGACAGUGAUCACCAUGUUAGGUGUGCUACUCACCAUCAUCUCAUUGGCUUGCCUGCUGAUUUGUAUGUUUCUGAACAAGUAUCACAAUUAUUCGGAGAUUAGGAGAUGCCCAUCCAAGACAGCAUUGAUACCUGAGGUUGGAACGCAGUCUGCAUUUACAAGGGUCUGGGUUUCUGGAAAUGGGAUGCCGGCUGCCGUGGAAGUGAAAGCUACUGUCAUAAACGUGCUGGACAAUUCCUUCUAAGCAGCUCAUUUCGAAAACUGCAAAAACAUUUUUUUCAGCCCAGCGAGGCAAAAAAGGAAAACAUGCCAUUUCAAAUGUUUAUCCUUUUGCCUUGACAAACAGCAAACUAUUCAAAUGGAAGAGAUGUCUUCACAUUUAACCAGCGCUAUAUCCCCUUUUAUGACCUGUCUGAGGUGUCGGUGGAAAUGGAAAUGAGGCCUCAAAGAAGUGGAAAGCCAAGACCCUCUGAUAAAAACAUGGAUUGCUAUAAUUCUGGUAAUUCACAGAGUGCAGAUGGUACAUAAUGCAAAGGAUGGUGGUAUUUUGUAUACAGUGAAUGACUGUUAAUCAUGUAAACAGUAGUAAAGCAGUCCUCGUGGUGAAGCAAUACCGUCUGUGCUGUACAACACCCAUAGACGGGUUAGAGAGGCCAACUGUUUGUAAAGGGGAACAUCUAGUAGAAUAGAUAAUUAUAGUGACAAUGGUGUAAAUUUUUGAUGAAAUAUAUCUUUUUUCUAUUUAAUAGAGAAUUUUGACUACAUGGCUACUAUUGUUAUAUUCUAUCCAAAAAUGUAACAGAUCUUCUGUGCAGUAGCCAGGCAUUAAACCAGUGUGAAUUAACUACAGUAUGUAAGUAACUUGCAUAAUGACACCACACAUUUUCUGAAUUAAAAUGUUGUACAUCGUAACAAAUAGAUUUAAGAUACAUUAAGAUA